AUGGAAGAGGAUGGCCAGGAGACGUUGCUGCAGCGGCAGGAUGUCCGCAUGGGGUGGAUGCAGGCAGGAAUUACUGUCUUCACCUUUGCAGCACCUUCGGCUGUGAUGGCCGUACCGUUUGCCAUUGGCAAUGCUGGCUUUGUCGGAGGGAUGCUACUGUGCUUGAUCAUCACAGGUGCCUCUAUCACCGGUGCAAAAAUGCUGCUGCACCUCAAAUUGCUUUUUCCCCAGUGCCAAACCCUUGGAGAUCUCGGCCUACAAGUGCUUGGAAAGCCUGGGCAGAUUUGGGGCAACAUUAUCCAACUUGGAAACUUUUGCCUCUUCAUGCCUUGUGCUCUUCGCUUUUGCGGGCUAGCUCUUAAGGGAGUUGGCAAUGGAAUUCCUGGAUUUGAUGAAUGUGUUGACUACUACGUUUUCGUGGUGGCAUUUGUGUGCUUGGUGACCACCCAAGUUCGAGAUUUCAGGAAUGCGCAGAUCUUCACGGUAUUAUCAUUUUGUUGUGUCAUUGGCAUGAUUGUCUCCAUGUUAUACGCUUCGUUUAAGUACGACAACGAGCACAAGAUCCCAGCAAGCUGGUUCGGAAAUCCUGAGCCAGAAGCAGGAUUGAGACUCAUCAGAUUCGCAGGUGGUUGCACCAUCGGUGCCUGGGCAUUCAUCCCGGCAUUCUUGACAGUGGAGCUCAGCACUUGUAUGGGAGACCCUGCGGAUUUCAACAAGUCGCUGGUGUUGGCGGGCACUCUGAAUGUUUUGACGUUUUGUGCUGGAUGCCUCGUCGUGGCCCGGUGGGGUUACAAGGUGGGUGAAGUCAUUGCAGCCACGCCCGCAGUCGAAGCAUGGGCCCAAGGCGUUGCCAUCAACACCGUCUUCAAUAUCUUCCAGCUUGGCGGGAACUUUGUCUCGUACAUGUUGGACUCUGUUCCUCUGGGCCGUUUUUGUCAGAGAGCUUGGGCUCCAAAUUUCAAGGACACCUGGUCUGCAGGAGAUGUUGGCAGAUACUUCACCUACACUUUGCCUGUUUUCCUGUUUGCGUUGUCCCUAAGCGUUUUCACACCAAGCAUCAACACCCUCUUGGACUUCACAACCGCUCUGACGACGCCCUGGGUGAGUCAUGUCUACCCGUCAGUGGUGUACUGGACCUUGAAGAAGAGGGGAGCAGGUAACGUGCCUCCAGCGGCCUUGAAGAAAUCAGAGAAGUGGAUGAUAGCUUUCGUCUUCGUUGUUGGCUGCAUUUGCGUCAUCGCUUGCGCAAUGAAAGCGGUCGGCUUUUUGGUGUUCGAGGAGCUGCGACCAAGGUUCCAGGUCGGUUGUGAAGGCUGGAUGAUAUGGCAAUCAAAGAGCAGAUGA